AAAAAAACAUCGCCCCAUCUCCUAAGGGGCCCUGUUGCCCAGGGUCCCAAAUUUUGAAGGGGCCCCAAAGAUUUUGAUUUUCUGUUUAGUUUUUUUUUGUUGUUGUUGUUUGGUUGUUUGUUUUAAGUAGAAUGUUUUACAAAUGUUGUACUUUAUACUUUAUUUUAUUUAUUUAUUUGAUGGGGACCAGUAGAAACAUAUACUGUAUGUUUUAUACAGCAUUUAUAGCCAUGGCUAAUUUACUCUGCUGGUCCCUAGAAGGAUCUUUAUAUAACCCUACAGACCCACAUUAGGUGAGUUGUAUUCAUAUUUGGGGAUUUUUAUGAAUAUAAAAAAUAUAAAAUAUUGGAAAAUGUCUUUGGAAACAAUAUGGCGUCAUAUCGCACCUAUACCAUGCAUCAAUUCACACUACUGACAUACAGGAUUACAUAUUGAUAUACUGUAAUUUGCAUUAGUAAAAUAAAUUUUCCUCAGUAACUGGGGCACCAAUCCAGCCCUUGGACCAAUCCCUGUUUAGCAGAGAUCCUGAUUGUUAGAAAAAUGCAUUGGCUUUGCUUUUGGUUAUGUUCCAGCAGAACCUGGUUAAGUUCUUAUGAUUUCUGGGUUAAUAUUAUAUUUAUAUAAAAUAUUUAUAUAUUAUAACUAUACUUACUUUUAUCCUAUACCAGUGUGUUUUAGUUUUUUUGGGGUAGGAAGGCCUCUGCUGUCUGGUGUCAUUAAUUGAUUCUCUUCAGGCUUAAUAGAAUUGAUUCAGAGUUAAACUUCUAGGUAAUCAUAGAGUUUGGUAUUUUUCACAAUUUUGAGUCUACUUCAGAGUUUGCUUUUGACACUGAUUUAGUGAUUAAAUGCUGUACAUUUUGCAAUUUACUGGACAUACCUUUUACUUUUAGCUAAUGUCACCCUUCAUGUGUUUUGCUGUAUGAAGAAUGUCAUAUUUUUGUGCAAUUGUAGUAAUUGUUUUACUGUUCAUUAGAAUCCUUAUAUUGGAAAUGCAGAGGCACGUUACUGCUACCAGGACUUUUUUUUUUUUUUUACCAUAAUCGCUUCACUCAAAGCUGAAUACCAAAUUAUGACACACUUUUCAGAUUUGUUUUUGGUGGUAUUUUUUAAUUUGCAAAACCGUAGUUGACUUCAUUGACUUCAGAAUUAUGUACAACUAUGAUGAUAUAGUUUUUGACAUAGAAUUAUGAAAGAUUAUAAUUGACGUUUGUGGGUUUAUGUAACCAUAAUACAUUUUUCUCUCCCUAAGACCAAAUAGUACUUCUCCAAAGUACUAUUUGGAGAAUGUGAGAAAAAUGUGUGACUUAUUUAUGAUGAUGUAACCACGACCUGAAACAGAUGAAAAGUAGUACAUUUACUUCAGGAAUUUUUUCUCUUUCGCUUUUCACAAGGCUGGUUUUUAAUGCUUCCAACUGUGACUUUGCAAGUUUUUGUAUAUUUAUCAGUAACCGGACAGGUAGCCAAUAAGAGCGCCUUGCCGCACGAGCCCUCGCCUGCUCUGCACCGUAUCCCGCGCGCUUAUUGGACAAGCGGAGGGAACCCCGACGUGUCACACGAGCCGCUCGCGUGCAUGCUGCGAUUGCAUAAAUACCGAGCAGAAUCGCUUGUGUCUGGAGUGCUGCAGUUGGGCUCGGAGACAGCUCGGACUGCUGUCAUUUUUUAUAGUCAGCUAGCUACCCUGAGAGCUGCCAGGAGACGGCGGGACUCUCGGCCGUUUACUUUUCGGUUGUUUUUCCACUCUCAUGCGAACCUGAAGAUGCCAGCCGGUACGUUCGAAAGAGCAUCUCCGUCUGGCGUUGCGGCCGUCCCGGCAAGAGGCGACUGUACCCCAGGGAAACCCCGCACUCUGUCAGAGAACAGAAAGUCCUCCAAGCCAAUUAUGGAGAAGCGGCGACGCGCGCGCAUCAAUGAGAGCCUGGGUCAGCUGAAGACCCUCAUCCUGGACGCGCUCAAGAAAGACAGCUCCAGACACUCCAAGCUGGAGAAGGCCGACAUCCUGGAGAUGACGGUAAAGCACCUGAGGAACCUCCAGCGGCUUCAGAUGACAGCGGCUUUAAACACAGACCCAUCCAUCCUGGGGAAGUACCGAGCUGGAUUCAGCGAGUGCGUUGGAGAGGUUACCCGUUUCCUGUCCACGUGUGAAGGGGUCACGGCCGAGGUGAGGACUCACCUCCUCAGCCACCUUGCGGCCUGUGUGACCCAGAUUAACCUGUAUGGACCUCACCUGGGCGACCUGGGACAGACCAGCGGUACACAGGUCACCGCGCCUCCGGGCCUGCGGGCGCCCCUCAAGGGUGGUUCACUAUCACCCGAAGCCAUGAAACUGUACGGAGGCUUCCAGGUGGUGGCAUCGCCAGACGGACACUUUGCGUUUCUUAUUCCCGGCGCAGCUCUCACACCUCUGAGUGUACAAAACUGCCACCAUGUGUCACCUGUCGCACCUGCUGUCACCUCAGACUCUGUGUGGAGACCAUGGUAGGAACCAUGGAGGGGGAAAAAAUUGACAAUAAGACAAUAAAUCAUAUUGUACAUUUUGUAAAUGUUUUUGUAAAUUUAGGGAAUACUUCUUAGCAGAUUAUUUUAUCUACAUUUGUAUUGUAUUGGUAUACUUGAAUGGGAAGAGAUAUUUAUCUGUCUCUUUGCCUUAGUCGACAUAAAAUGCUGAUUGUUCUUUAAAGCACUGCCUGUACAUAAAUAAAUAAAACG